AAUUUGCUAUAUAUAUAUAUAUAUAUAUAUGAUAUAACGUCAACUCUAUAGUGUGUAUAUAGUAUAUAGUAUAUUUAAUGGUCAAACAUGCAAUAGUUAAAAUGACAUUCGCAGUUGUAUAAGUUUGUUAAGACUGGUUGAUAGUCUCAAAACAAUUAUACAGUACAUGAUCCGGAUCCGUGGCUGAAACAAAUUGAAAGGGCUGUUAAGGUACCCCUUAGGCCUGAAGAUACCCCAGGUUGCUCUAAGGCCCUGAAAUUGGCCUUGUGCCAGUGAAUUUGAAUGAGUACACUCAACGAGCGAUGAAUUGCUGUGUAAAUACCGUGGAUGACAGAAGCAGCAUUUUAACAUUCAUGUUUGCGUAAUGAAUACUUUACUUAACUCAGCUAAUAAACCCCAAGCCUGUUAUACUCCCUUAGGAUAAAAUAAUGUAAGGAUUACGAAAAAUGUUAUUAUUAUUUAAAAGUGUGAUGCAUGCAUUUUUGUGUUUUGACACAUGAAAGAAAUGGUUUUCUAUGCUGUACACUUUCUGGGAGCUUGGGACAUAUCUUAGUUUGCACAUCUCUGCAUGUGUAAUGUAACUGAGAGUGUAUUAAGAUUUGACUUAUCAGUAUUUAUUCAUUGCUAAGAUAUUUAGAUGUUUGCUUUAUUAUGGUCUUCUGUAUUUAUAGUGUUCCUGUAGCUCAGCUGGUAGAGCAUUGCAGUGCAGGGUUGUAGGUUUGAUCCCAGGGAACACAUAUAGCCUAAUGAUAAAAUGUAUACAUUGUAAUCCACUGUUUACGUCUGCCAAAUGCAUAAAUGUAAAUAUAUUUCACAUUAUUUUUAAAACAAUGCUGCAGAAUUACAUUUGAAGAACUGCAUUCAAAUACACACUGAUACAUUUUAAAUACCAAAUCAAUAAAAUUAAAGUAGUACUGUAUACAACGGGUCUAUGCCUUUACUCCUAAAGCAGCCUAUUACAUUGCCAUACAUUCAUAUGAUAUACUGGAUUUUGUUUCAACCUCUAUAAAUAUUCCUUUAUUAGAACACAACAGAUUUGAUAGGGUUCCUAUAAUAGAAAACAGCAAAGUAACAAAGUUUAAGUCAUUAUAAUAAUUCAUAAUAUUCACAAUUUUAUGUUAAGAAAAUUCUAGCUAUAUAAAUUCACUGUAAAAUAUAUUUUAAUAUGCAAUAUUUGUAGAUAUAGCAUUACAUUCAUGCAUUUACAGUAGCAGACUUUUAAUGCAUUUAAGGUAGGGUAUACUUUUUAUCUCCCUCUCUCUCCACAAUAUCUGGGCUGAAAUGACUUAAUGGUCUACUACAGUAACGGGAACAGAAUAACAGGAACAAAGAAAAAAAAUAACUAAUAAAAAUGAGUUUUGUUGUAAAAGUUGGCAUAAGCUGUUUAUUGUUACAUUCAUUUUACACAUAUGACUACAGAAAUGGCAACAUUUGCUUAGGAUAAUCUUUUUGUAAAGGCUGUAAACGAUAGCAUCAUUCAUGACUCGGGUAGAUACAGGUAGAUCUCCGAUCUUAGCACAGUGAACAGACCUGCCCCCCCUAACAUCUGUUCCGUGUAUCCGCCCGUCCCUCUGCUCCUCAUAUCAUAUUAUGCCACUCGCCAAUUUUCUGUCCCGCUUUUUGCUCCUCAUCGCUUCUCGACAGUCUCUCGGUACAUUUGCCACCUGUCUACAAUGCUUCCCACGCCCUGUCCCGUGUAUUACCGUACUUUCAGUUGUCAUGGCAACAGUGCGCCUCUAGGGGUCAGACAGAAGAGUUGCAGGAGCAAUGUAGAAUUGCGUCUCACGUUUUGUAGAUGUACACUAUCACAUUUCCGCUGCUUCUCUCUUGGGCACCUUUAUAUAUUUAGACAUAUCUAAUAACUGCUUCUCUGUUCUGUCAAUAUAGCAGGAAUUUAGGUGCUUUAAAUGUUUAAGACAUUAUUAAAGACCACACAGCAAGUAGUACUAAAAUACAUUGAAGAUUCAAAGUCUUUACUUGGUACAAAUUCUUUAUUUGUCUAUCCUUUAAAAAAAAUACAAUUUACAAGACAAUACAAUAUGAAUAUACAAAAAGUAUAAACCAGCAAAAAUACUAAGAAUAAAAAUAUAGAACAAAAAUCAAACCAACAUACAGUAGAAUAAAAUAACAGUAAGCAAUAUAAAACAAUAGGAAAUUCACAGAAUUCCAUGAAAUACUAGGGCAAGGCAAUAUUUCAUGAUUUUAAUGUUUUUUCUUUCAUGUCUCUAUUGUUUAUUCUAUGUAUCUAUCUAUUUUAUGUAAAGCUGCCUUGUGAAAUUGCAACACUGUGAAAAGUGCCAUAGAAAUGUAAUUUUACAAAAUUUGAUUGUAUAAAAACAAUUAUAAUCAAUUGGAUAGUUUAACCUAUGAAACGUUAGUUUUUAAUUUUUUUUUAAUAAUUAUUGUACGAUGACGAAUGUGUUGACAUUUCCUUUGAGGUCUUUUAUUUAUUUAUUUUUUUUAUUCUGUCAACUUACUUAUUCUGCAUGCACGAUGUGUAACAAGGACGUUAGUGAUGCUCGAUCAAUUAAAUAAAUAAGGUGAUUCACAUUACGUAUAGUAAAUCAUAUUUUGGAUUGGACGAAGGGAUUUCGCAUCCCCUAAAGAAGAAAAACACUCAUUCCCUGCGUGCCUACGUUCUCCCGCCGUCUGCUUUUUCAAAGCUCACGUCUCGCUCCCAGUGUCAGCCAAUCAGAUUUUGCCAUGUUGGGAGCGUUCGACCAAUCACUGUCCACAGCGAGGAGGAAAACUUGGAAGAUUCUCAGGCUGAUGAAUCGCGUUUCGCGAUGGGAGAAAUAAAAGUGGGAAGCGAUGAACAAUAGAACGGCGUGUUUCUGGGAGGCGCCAACAUUCCCCAUCAAGAACUUUCUGGUUGGUCUCCUCGCGCAUACCGAUAGUCAAGCACGCGCUCGUUUUAGAUUUAAAAGGCGUUUUCAGUCAACCAUGACGGCUAAAUCUGAAGAAAUAAAGGUGGUUUUCAGUCACACGACGGCUCUGAGGCGCAUCUGUUUUGACAGAAUCACACAGCCAGCGUCCUGUUGUUAAAUGAUUUGCAUAAGGACUUCCGCCCCCUUCAUUAGUUUCUACAUCAACUACCAAAGGCAGUGGGCAGAUCUGAGCCCUCAUGUCAGUCGUAGUCAUGCGGACUUGACAUUUAAACUCGCUUAAUAUUAUUUGGACCUGGACGGCAGACGCGUUUAUUUCGGAUUGCCCGGAUGGAUUCGCAUUAAACACACUGAGAUCUGACACUUUCAUUCUCAUUCGCGUUUACUAUGCUGGAUAUCUGUUUGUGGAUGUACCGUGACUGUGUUUCCUUUACUUGCAGUGUAAAUGGGAAUAUGUAAAACGCAUUGGACCAGACUGGGUAUUUUCUAGCAGGAAUAUGUGUUUUUCCUCUCUCUGGGGGUGAUGAUUUGAGACCGGGGAUUCCUCGUCAGUUUGCACUUGUCUCUGGAUUGUAAAGUAGGUUUCGGGUUUACCCGAUACAGACAGAUUCGUCAAUUCAAUGCGAUAUAUGAUGUCUCCGUUUAGAAACGCCGGAAGAGUUGAUCAUCUCUUAAGAAUGGAGUUUUUCUUUGCAUUCUUUUGACAUCUUGUACAGCGUGGAUACAUACACACCAUAUAGCCGGUGUGUAUUUUUUUUUUUAGGUCCGAAACGGUUGGAUUACCUAUUUUGGCAUACAUUUUAAGCUAUAUUUUUACAGGUUGGAUCUCCUAGUCGUUUCGGGAGUAUCAACUCGGUGCUUUCAAUGCAACUACUGUUGAUGUCAGGCGUUUUUCCCUUGUGAUUCAGCGCAUUCGAAUCAUUUUGAUAACACACUCGUCUUAAAAAAUACUGUGUGCCAUCUAUUUAUUUAUUAUUGGUUAGAGGUAUUUAAAAAGCUUUUGCACACCAUGACUUUCUUGUCCGGGGCAGCGCUUCUGUUGCUGCGUGGACUCGUCAUCUCUGCGGUAUUGGGUUUAGAGAGUUCAUACACGAGUGUUCUGUCGAACCGAGUCACUCCGGAUCCAGCAUCAGCUGUUGCUCCUACAGACCCAUGUUCGAUGGUUAUCCCUCCAUGUAUUACCGAAGCCGACCGCUUCAGUUUAGAGGCUCUGCGGCACAUUCACAAGCAGCUAGAUGAUGACAAUGAUGGAGGCAUUGAAGUUAAUGAAAGUGUGGAGUUUAUUAGAGAGGACAUGAAGCAGCAACAGACCAAUAAACACAGCAAUCUUCAUCGAGAGGACCAGCACAUCACGGUGGAAGAGCUGUGGAGGACCUGGAAAAUGUCAGAAGUGCAUAACUGGACAAUGGAGGACGCAGUCCAGUGGCUGAAGGAGUCAGUGGAGCUUCCUCAAUAUGAAAAAAACUUCAGAGACUUUAAAGUAAACGGCAACACGCUACCUCGAAUAGCGGCCAAUGAACCAUCGUUUAUGUCAAUGCAGCUAAAGAUAUUAGACCAACGACAUAAACAGAAAUUAAAUUUAAAAGCAUUGGACGCUGUGCUGUUUGGACCUCCACUACGUCCUUACCAUAACUGGCUUAAGGACUUUAUAUUGAUGAUCUCAAUCAUCAUUGGAGUUGGGGGCUGCUGGUUUGCAUACAUUCAGAACAAGUCAUCUAAAAUUCACAUCUCUCAAAUGAUGAAAGACCUGGAUAGUCUUCAGAAUGCUGAACAGAGUCUCAUAGAGCUACAGAGCCGGUUGGAAAAGGCCCAGGAGGAGAACCGGACGGUAGCGGUGGAGAAGCAGAACCUGGAGCAGAAGAUGCGUGAUGAGAUCAACGGGGCUAAGAAAGAAGCCAGCAGGCUGAAAGAGCUGCGAGAGGGUGCGGAGUGUGAGCUCAGCAGACUUAAAUAUGCAGAGGAGGAACUUGUGCAGGUGCGAAUGGCACUGAAGAGAGCAGAGAAAGAGAUGCAUUCUGAGUGGUCUGUGCCUGAAGCCCUGCAGAUGUGGCUACAGCUCACACAUGAGGUGGAAGUGCAAUACUACAACAUCAAAAAACAAAAUGCUGAACUGCAGCUUGCAGUGGCAAAGGAUGAGGCGGAAAAGAUCAAGAAGAAAAGAAACAGCGUGUUUGGUACACUCCAUGUUGCACACAGCUCAUCGCUCGAUGAAGUAGACCACAAAAUACUUGAGGCUAAAAAAGCACUGUCAGAGGUCACGGCAUGCUUGCGGGAACGUCUGCACCGCUGGCAGCAAAUUGAGAAGUUGUGCGGCUUUCCGGUGGUUAAUAACUCUGGACUGCCCAACCUCACUGCCUCGCUCUACGCCGACCACAGCUGGGUGGUCAUGCCGCGGGUGUCUGUGCCGCCCUACCCGAUCGCUGGAGGGGUAGAUGACCUUGAUGAAGACACGCCCCCCAUCAUUUCACAGUUCACCUCUCCGAUGAUGCGACCUCCUCUGACCCGGAACAGCAGUGUGUGUCGUUCUCGCAGAAGUCUUAUGUCUCAGCCCUCGUCCCUCACAGCUGACCCUGAUCUGUUAUCCAUGGCAUCGGCCCCGCUGACCUACAGAUCUGAGGGAGACGAUGAGCAUAUCUUUUUCACCGCAGAAAGAAAGGGGGACAUCCAGGACACAUACUCAGAUUCGGACUCAUUCGGUUCCUCUUUGAGCAGGAAGUUCUCCACUACCUGCAUUCAAAGCACCUGUGCUGCAGGCACGGAUACCCCACCACGAAAAAUUUCACGUGAAGAACUUCUCCUCUUGGCGCAAGAGGCACAGGUCUGCGCCAUGGAGACCUUACCAUCAUCCUCAUCCUCUCCUUCAUCUCCACUUGACUCAUCUUCAGUUCACAAGGGCUCCCCUGACCUCACCCGCUCUUCUGUUUUCCCAGAAUCCCAAAGUUUAACCUUUCAUCCUGGCACCAAAGCUAUGGCCUAUAAUGGCAUUCUGGAAAAAUCAUACAGCAUGGGGCAGCUGCCCGCCGGUGGGACGCCUUCAGAGGGACUUUACCCCUCGAUUAGCUCACUCGACAUAGAAGGCAAAGCUAUCAAGGAGCCCAAGCAACUCCAAUCCUCGCAGGACUCUUGCGAUAACGGAGAGAAAAAACGCUCUAAGAUCAAGAGCUUGUUCAGGAAAAGCAAAAAGCUGUGAGGAACAGUAGUGAAGAGGAAAGAAUAGAGAGGAAAAGAAGCCUUAAAAUUAAACAAAUAAGGGGGAUGCCGUCAACCAGAAGCCAAAACAUUUUUCAGUUCCUUUCACCUUUAUUUUAUAUUAAAAGAAUGUAGCUCCAUCUAGAUACAAUCUUGCGUUGGAAGCCUUUUAGGGAUUUUUCAUACAUAAACCCUUAAUAACCAGAACUUUGUAGAACAUGGUCUCUUCACUCUGUUUAUUUGGGUGAAGUCUCUGUUUUCUAUUGAGUGCACCUUUAUGAUGUCAUCAGGAAGGGAUCAAGAAAUAGGAAAAUAUAACAAUUUGACCCUAGACCACAAAACCAGUCAUAAGUCAGUUUAUUUGCAGCAAUAGCCAACAAUACAUUGUAUUUGUCAUAAUUAUCUAUAUAUUUAUGUUGUAAAUAUAUCAAAACUUUAUUUUUGUGAGUGAACUUUAUUUGGACACAUUUGAUUUUUAUAAACCCUCAGAUUCCAGAUUUUCAAAAUAGUUGUAUCUCGGCCAAAUAUUGCCAUAUCUUAACAAGUCAUACAUCAAUGGAAAGCUUAUUUAUUCAGCGUUCAUAUUUCAAAAUCUUGACCCUUAUGACUGGUUUUGUGGUCCAGGGUCACAAAUAGCUCAACAUUUUACAAAUCUUCAGAAUUUGCAAUUUGCAAAAGUAUAGUUCAGCAACACUGUCAUUCUUACACAAGUAUGCUGUUCAUUUUAAUGGAAGAUAUUUUAUUGCAAAGAUUGCAAAUAUUUUACUUUUACACGUGCUUGUCUAAGACUCUUUGCCAGUAGUUAACAAAAUUAAAGAACAAAAAUUAUUUCACUUUUAUAUUCAUUUUAUCAAUAUUUUGAAGUCAGACCAGACCCAAUGAGGGCCUUUACUACAUUAAACAUAACAUUUACUGUGGUCAUAUUUAAGUAGAAAAUUAACUCCAUUUGCUUAGAUAAAAUUUUAAAGGAUAAGUCCAUUUUCUUAAAAAUCCAGAUAAUUUACUCACCACCAUGUCAUCCAAAAUGUUGAUGUAUUUCUUUGUUCAGUCAAGAGGAAAUUAUGAUUUUUGAGGAAAACAUUCCAGGAUUUUUCUCAUUUUAAUGGACUUUAAUGGACCCCAACACUUAACACUUAACGCAACACUUAACAGUUUUUCAAACGAGACAUUAGGGUCUUAUCUGCGAUUGUCAUUUUUGACUCGAAAAUUAAAAAAUGCACUUUUAAACCACAACUUCUCAUCUAUAUCCAAUCCUGUGAUGCGCCAGCGCAACCUCAUUCAAAACGUCAUCACGUCAGGUGGUCACGGAUGAUGUAUGCGAAACUAUGCCACAGUGAUUACAAGUGUGGAGAAAGAGGACCGUUCCGACAUUGUAGUAUGUCCAAUGAUACAAAUUAAUGUCUUUGUGUCAGUUUAUUGUUUAAAAUGGUCCGCAAAUGUGCGUUUCAUAUAUGUAACACGUGACCUCCCUACGUCACUACGCAAUUACGUGAGGUCGCGCUGGCUCGUCACACAGCCGGAGGAAGAAGAGAAGUUGUGGUUUAAAAGUGCAUAUUUUUAUUUUUAUUGUCAAAAAUGACAAUCGUUUCACUAGAUAAGACCCUUAUGCUUCGUUUGGGAUCAUUUAGAGUCCUUUGAAACUCUGUUGAAAAAAACUGUUAAGUGUUGAGUUAAGUGUUAAGUGUUGGGGUCCAUUAAAGUCCAUUAAAAUGAGAAAAAUCCUGUAAUUUUUCCUCAAAAAACAUAAUUUCUUCGCGACUGAACAAAGAAAGACAUGAACAUUUUGGAUGACAUGAUGUAAAUUAUCUAGAUUUUUUUUAAGAAAAUGGACUAAUCCCUUAAAGGUUUAAAGCACCCCUAUAAAGCGUAUCCUGCAAUACCUAUGCUAGAUCCUGGCUACAUUGAACUGUUGUUGUUAUGCAGCAAAACCUAUUUAUAUUUGACAAGAGCAUACAAGGAAUAACAUGAGGGCGAGUACAUAAUGACAGAAUCUUCAAUGUCGACUGAACUAUUCCUUUUACUAUUUCCUAUCUAAACUAUACAAUAUGAUGUCACAUUAGUUUGAACGGCAGCUUGUUUUUUUUUUAGAUAUAACUGCGUCAUUGCAAGUGCAAUGUUUAACUUUUAGUUUUAAAAUUUAGUUAAUCAGUGAUACACAUUAAGGUUGCCCUAAAGUGUGAAAAGCAUCCAAAAUCUCUUCCUUAAAAGGGCCCACGGUGAAUUAUGGGUUUUAGAUCUGUCCCUUUCUGUUUACAGCCACAGAGCUCCUGUACUUGACAAAUUUCCUUUAUGAGAAAAAAGGUAACACUUAACAUAAAGCAGCACGUCAAACGCCUACAUAGUGAAAUAACGAACAGAAAUUAAUGCUUAUUAUGUCAGUACAAACAAUUAAUUUCCACUUACACUUACAUGUGUUAAAUAAAUACUUCAAUUAUUGCUAUACUUUUAAUUGAUGAUUUUAAAAUAUCCAUUAUAAAAUUUGUGUUGGCACUUAAUAAACCAAACAGAAGCUGCAUAAAGGACAGCUGUGUAAAACUAGAAGUGUUGAAUAUAUAAGGCGUCAUGACUAACUGCUGUGUGGAAAGUGCUACUGAAUUACCCUGCUAAAGGUUGUUGCACUACUGCUUUCCUUAUCAGGAAAGAGUCGCUUUUGGCGGCAAUAAGAGUAAGUUAUGUUAGAUAGAUAAAGGAGAAUAUUUGUAAAGAUGCGUCGAAAAGCAACAAGGUAUCAUAUGAUGCAUUUACGCUUCUCACUACAUUUAUUCUCCUGAAUAUAUUUUUAUUUUAGUUGUUUUCAUCAUGAUUAUGUUUAAUAGAAGUUAUUAAAUUGUAGAAAUGUGAUUUCUAAUGGGUAGCUUUUUCUGAGGAGAAAUAUAUAUGAAAUGCAGAUUUUUGACAUUUACCCAAAAUCCCUCUUUUCUGGACUGCGUGCCCUGUUUCAAGGGCGUUACCAUCACUGUGAUCAUCCUCUUUUACUCAUAACUAAACUGAUUAUAUUUUGGCAAAAUAAAAUGGUGCAAGACCAGUGCCAGAGAGGAGAUGGAGACAGUGGUGCCUAAAUUUGUUUGUCUCAGAACUCAGCAUUGUAUGUGUUGACACAGAUGAAGGGUAUACAGUUGAACUCAUACGUUUACAUACAGCUUGAAAAUGUUCGUGUUUAAGGACAAAUUUAAAGGGGACAGAGAAUGAAAAACCAUUUUUACCUUGUCUUUGUUGAAUAAUGGUAGUCUACCCGCAUUCACAAACAUACAAAAAGUGCUAGACAUGCUAAACAUCUCAGUCUCAUAGAAAUUCCUCUUUUAGAAAUGUCAGCCAGAAAACGGCCCAAUCUGAAAAACUGAUGCUUAUGACAUCACAGGCAUCUAACUGCUCCUCCACUUUAAAAUAAUUGGCUACAUUUUUGAGUGGCAGCAAAGUCAGCCAAUCAGUAAUGAGAUUGCAAGUUAAGCCAGUAGGGGGAGCCAAAUAGGUGCAGAACCACUUGUUUAAAAUCCCCCACCCUAAUAGAGCUAUCUGAGAGAGGUUUUUAGGAAGCUUCUAAGGCAUUACAUACCCAAACAAAAAAUGUUUUGUCUACAUGUCACAUCACAGAACAAGGAUAAAUACCCCGUUCAAUCAUUCUAUGUCAUCUUUAAGAGAUCAUACAAACUGCAGUUUAUUUUUAAUUUGGUACUGACAAGAACAGGCUAUUUCACAUAACAGAUGUUUAAAUAGUCCAUAACACACAAUAAUUACUACAUUUGCAAACAUAGUCCAGUUUAAAAGUUUACAUACUUUUUAUUAUUAAUAUGGUAUAAAGUUACAUGUACAAUUAACAACUGUUUUCAUGUUUUAUGGUUGUUGUGUAUGGGUCUUGUUUGAUCUUAGCCAUUUAACUGUACACUGAUUUUUAGAAAAAUCAUCAAGGUCCUGCACAUUCUUUGCUUUUUUAGCAUCUUCUGCAUAUAUCACCCCUUUUCAACAGUGACUGUAUGAGGUCGAGAUUCAUAAUUUCACAAUAAAGAUACUCAUACACAACUGUUGCAAAAGAUUCAAACAUUUCAAGAAAACAGCAUGAUACAUUAGAGCCAGAAAAAGGUACAAAAGUUGUCACUGGGAUGGUACCUUUUAAAAAGGUCCUAAUAUGUACUUUUGAGGUACCAAUAAAUAUAAAAAUAUAAAUUGUAUAAGAAGUGUACUUUUUUAAAAAGGUAUCGCCACAGUGACAACUUGUGUACCUUUUUCAGUGAUCUCAUUGAUUCUGAGAUCUUAUUUUCCAUGUAGUCAUGCCUUUCAGAAGUAAUACAUAUUUCACAGCAGACAAAAUAAUAGCAGUUUACACACCGAUCAUUCUUUUCAGAAGUUUACAUGAUACGUGUAAGUUAUUAUUUUGUCUUCUGACGGGCAACACUCAAUGAAAAAGAAACAAAAUAAAAAUUGACAUCGAUCACCCUUGUUCAAAAGUUUACACACCCAUGGCAAUUAAUGUUUUGUGUUGCCUUGAGCAUCACUGAAUGUUUGUAUCUUUUGAAGCAGUUGUAUAUGAGUUGCUUCAAUGUCUUGAUUGUGAAAAUAUAAAGGUCUUAAUCACACAUUUAUUGCUGGAAAGAGGUGAAAUAUGCAGAAGAUCAUUGAAAAGCACAGAAUGUGAUGGACCUGAAGGAUUUUUCAGAAGAUCAGUGGGCAGUUUAUUGGCUCAGGACAAACAAGAGACUAAUAAACAAUAAUCAAUAACAUUAAAUAAAUUACACAGUAUUAAAAAUCAAGGGUAUUUAAACUUUUGAAGUGCGUUAUGUUUGUAAAUUCGGUUAUUAUACUAUGUUGUGGAUGCUUAGUCAGGGCAGUACAAAAAACAAUCAAUAGUUUAAUAUGAUCCAUAACAUUUAAUACCAACAUUUUGCAGAUUCAGAAAGGGUUAUGUAAACUUAUGAGCUUAAUUGUUCAAAUGAUAUAUGUAGGCUUAUAUACACAUAUUUUUGUGUGUAUAUGUAUAAAUGUGUAUUUAUACAGUGACUGACAUGGAAAUAUGAAUGUUGAGAUGAUUGUUUAUUUGUGUGAAUAUUUGUAUACUGUAGAAUAAAUUAAUAAUAAAGGAGGCAGAAGUCUCAUCUGUGCAA